UCUGCGCUUGUGUUGCUCACGCAGAGUGUGGGCGGCGUGCGGUGGUUGGUGGUGGGUUGGCGUGGAGCGUGGCGGCCAUCAAGGUAUGGUGACGCCCCGCGCCGCGUGAGACCCGCGGCCGGCGGACACAGUGACGGUGCGCGCCAUGUCCGGGGGGCGGCACGGCGAGGGGCGGCGGCGGCCCCCCUCUGAGCUCCAGGGCGGCGGCAAGAAGAGUGGCGGCGGGCCGUCCCGCACCAGCAGGAGCGGCCUGCUGCCCAGCCCCGUGGUGUGGGGCAACGACGCGCCCCAGCCUUCUUUCCUGGCGCUGCUGCACAACGGCGGCGCCAACUUGCUGCUCGAUGGAUACGACAGCGGCGGUGGCGGCGGCGGCGGCGGCGGUGGUCGGGGGCGCGGUGGCGGGGCAGCUGCCCGGGCCGCCCUGGCCAACGGAGAGCGGUCGUCAGACUCAGAGGACUCCGGGGCCACGUCGGGCGCCACGUCGGGCAAGGAGGCUAGCCCGGGCUGCGAGGAGAGCUCCGGGUCGGAGCAGAGCAGCGCCCCGCCCCACGACGACACCCGCCACGACGACGACCAAUCCAGCCCCGCCCCCGCCCGCUCCCGUGCCGCCCUGCCCCGCUCCCGGACCACGCCCAUGCUCAACGGGGGGCGCCACGCCGCGCUGGACGACGCGCUGCGCCCCCUGACUCUCUACGGGCCGGAGACGGGCGGCGGCGGACUGGGGCGGGUGCGGGCGGCGCACGAGGCCAAUAUGAGUAAGCUGGCGUACCUGGAGGCGCUGUUUACCCGCGCCAAGCUGGAGGAGGCGCGCCUCGAAGGCAGCAGGGAGGAACUGCGGAGCCGCCAGCCCCGCCCCGCGGCACCCCGCAGCCUACACAGCCCCGAGACGGGCUACAAGACCCUGCCCGCCUCCUGCUCUGACCACGCCUUGCGUGGCCUGGCGGGCGGCAUCAGCACGCCCGCCCUGCCCGACGGCCACACGCUGCUCCGCACCAUCGAGACCCGCCUGCAGCUUGCCAGGCCUCGCGAGGGCGGCGGGGCGGCGCGGGGCACGCUGUACCAGUGCGGCAACAGCAGCAGUGCCGGCAGCCUCACCCACCUGGCCAGCAGCGGCAGCCCCGCCACCAGCGGCGCCUCCACGCCAUCCAGGUUCCUCUCGCCCUCUCGCAAGGAGGCGCCUGUUUCCCUGGCGUCCGCUACUAGUGCCGGGGGCGGCGCCCCGAAGAGACCAGACGGGCUACCGGCGCGCCCGGCUGGGCACGGCAGCCAGCACUCGCUGCCCCAUAACUACCGCAGCCGCUCUGCCUACAGCUCCCCCGCAGUGUCCCCGCAGCGCGGCCCGGACCCCGGGGGCUUCCUUACCUCGCCCUCGGGCACCGCCCAGCGCCGCUUCUCCAGCCUGGAGCUGCGUGGGGCGCGGGGACCCAGUGCGCCGCGCCAGCUGCCGCUGCGGCACACAGCGCACGGGUUCCCCAGCAGCGGCGUGGCGCUGAGCCCGCCGUCCCCCGCGCAGGGCGCCCAGGCCUUCCACCGCAAGAUGCAGCUCUUCUUUGACAUCAUGGAGACUCAGUCACGCUUCUCCCAGCUCGCUCACGCCUCCCCCCUGGGCCGGCCCCUCCUCAAGGUGGACACCCUGCCCCCUGCCCCCCCCACCGACACCAACACCCGCUCCUUCACCCCCCCACCUCCCGCUCCUUCACUCUCCCUUGAUGUGUAG